AUGGAAACACUGCCAUCAUGGUUUGCAUCUAUGCACCUGGUUAUUGCAGCUCUAGUCCUGUUCGUUGGCUAUUUGCUACUGAGACCAAACCGCUGGCGGGGUAACCCACCGCCCGGCCCCAGCGGGUGGCCCGUCGUCGGCAGCAUGUUCGAACUCGGCAACCGCCCGGAGAUCUUUUUCACGAAGACGUCCGAGCGAUACGGCGACGUAUUCCGGCUCAACUUGGGCCGAAAGCGCGUCGUGGUUGCUAAUAGUUACGAGACUCUGGCUGAGGCGAUCGUGGAGAAGGCCCGCGUGUUCGCCGACCGACCACAGCUUUUAUCGUUCAAACUCCAGGAAGGUGGCGACCAGACAUUAGGCGUGCAGUUCACCCGAGCCUCGGAAAUGCAGCGCAAGAAAAUCAAGCUCGUACGCGCCGCGUUCAAUCCGGCGAUCCCCGACGUCGCUGAGAGAUUUGACGCGGUUCUGCCGAUAGAGGUCGCGUCGCUCGUGCAGGACGUCGCACGCGAAGAUGGCGGGCCGUUCGACCCGCAUGACGUCAUCGAGUUCUGCAGCGCUAUGUCAAACGUCACGGGAAUGUUGCUCUACUCGAAGACGCUGGAGCUAGGAUCAUGUCUGCUCAUAGACUGGUUACCGUGGCUCUCCUGGUUUCCUAGCGCCGACGUGCGAGAAUUACAAGCCCUCGUGCGUACGAUGACAGGCUGGCAUACGGAUCUGAUCGAGGAACACCGCCAGACCCUGAACGAGUCCAGUCCGCGCGAUUUCCUCGACCAACUGCUAAUCCAGCAGCAGACGGGCAAGCUGAUGGUGUCCGACGCCGACAUAUGUCGCAUCCUCGACGACCUUCAAAGCGCCGGCUUCAACACGGCCACGGCCAACAUCCUCUGGGGCAUUCAGCUGCUCGUGCAGAAUCCAGACGUGCAGAAGAAGCUGCAAGCUGAGAUCGACGAGGUCGUCGGCAGCGGCAGGGCGCCGACGACGAAGGAUUGCCGCAACAUGCCCUACUUGGAGGCUACGCUCUGGGAGAUUCAGCGUGUGGGGAUGCCUGUGCCUGUGCCUGGCGUGCGCGCCGCGUUGAGGGAUACCACCCUGAGUGGUUACGACGUACCGAAAGGUACGAUCAUGCUCGUCAAUCAAGCGAAGAUAGCAACGGAUCUCGCUAACUUCCCACAACCGCACAGGUUCGAUCCGUCCAGGCAUCUAGAUGAGAACGGAUCCGUCGUGACGCCAGAGAAAAAGUUGAUGUUGUUUGGCAACGGAUUGCGGAUAUGCGCCGGCAGACAUCUUGCUCGCGAUCAAAUGGUUAUCGUCAUGGCGAAUCUGCUUCAGCGGUUCACUUUCCGGUUACCAGAUGGCGCCACAGCCUUCGACAACGUCGGCAGCACGGACGGUCUCGUGAGAUUUCCGCUUCCGUAUAAGAUCAGAGCCAUUCCGCGAUAAACAUACUUAGAUGUAGUGAUGAAAUAUAGACGAAAUAACGUACGUUGAUGUUAGUCAACAUGAUUGUAGUUGUGUAUAUAAGAAUAUCAGGAUUGAAUAAUAAUAGAUUAGC